AUGGCGACCGUGAGCACGACAGACGAGGAGACAGCUCGACGGGAGCAGCAUGCCAAGGCGAUGGCGGCCAAGCUGGCCCAGAUGAAGGUACCGGAUGACUGGAAGAUCCUGCCGGCCGACCCCAACUACAAGAACCCCCUGGUGCGCCACUUCCGCCACCGUGGCACCGUGCUCACCAACUACCACCUGGUCAACGGCUGCGUCGAGCACUGGGCGCGCUUCCAGGCGCGUCCCACGGACAUCUUCGUGGCCAGCUUCCCCAAGUCGGGCACCACCUGGCUGCAGGAGGUGGUCUGGCGGAUCGUGCACGGCGAGACAGGAUGGACGACCCGCGCCCUCAUCAAGACGCACCUGCCGUACGACCUGCUGCCGGAGAGCGUGCGCGCCGGCGCCAAGGUGAUCUACAUCGACCGCGACCCGCGCGACAAGUACCGCGGCACCUUCCCGGAGCUCCGCGACCGCUUCGUGCGGGGCGAGGUGAUGCACGCGCCCUACCGCGAGCACGUGCAGGGCUACAUGCGUCACGCCGACACCGUGCUCUGCGUGGACGUCGAGCAGCUGCACCGCUGA